AUACCUACUAUCACUAUAAAGAAAGUGAAUUUAUUGAACUCGUAGAACUGAAAUCCCUCGAAAAUCAAAUCAAUCGCUACAGCGAAGAGGAAAAAUGAGCGAAAUCGAGGAAUCAGGGAGAACUUUAUGGCAUUCCGUGAAGAAGAGUUUUCAUCUCGACGAUUAUUCCAAAAUUCUCAAUCCCGAUAGACCUUUGCCCAAUCGGAAUAGCGCCGCCGUCCAGCAGUUCAUCGCAUCCGAUCCCGUCCACGGACCUGUGCUGAAGGCUGCAGAUGAAGCAGCAAACUUUGCUUAUGUAGGUGCUGCAGUUGGAGCAAUUACAACUGGCGGAAAUGCUUGGAGGUGGUCAAAGAGUCCUCAUGGUACCGUACUGUCUUUUGCUUUUGGAGCCGUAGUCGGGUUCACCUUGGGAGCUGAGGCUGCCAACCACUGGUACCAGUUAUAUCGGCUGGAUACAGUGGGAGCACAGGUUAAAUUCAAUGAGUGGUUGCAGAAGAGAGCUUGAUGAGAUUCUUGAAUUUGGCCCCCCAUUGAAUAAGAAGAGAUCUCGACUUAAUAAUGAUGGAGUUAUGCAUCAUUCGUCUUCGCGUUUAGUACUAGUGUGCUGCUUUCUCCUAUAGAUCGAAUGAUCUAUGGAUAUUGUUUAUCUCGUUUCUUCCUCUGUGUUUUCGAGCUUUUUAAUUCAAUUUAUCGAUAAAAGAUGGAAUUCGGGCUACUUCUUGUUAUUGUCAUGUGACAGGCUGACAGCUGAUCAUGUGAUUAAUUAGAAUAAUGCUUCUGGUAUUUAUGUCGGCAUACUCUUGAUUUUAGAAAUUGAGAAACAGAUAAUAAUAAUCACAAAAUGUCAUUUUUUUUUGUUUAUUUUAAA